GGUGCGCGAUGUAUCGCAGUUUAUGGCUGGUGGUCAGCUCGACCAUACUCGUAAGCCUUGCUGUCGAUCGAACGCCACUGCGCUACGUGCCGUUCCGGUGCCGAAACGGUAUCCCCGUAUCGAUCACGUUCCGUUGCGAUGGAUUCGCGCACUGUCAGGACGCCUCCGAUGAGCAGGAUUGUCAAGGGCCGAGCCUGCUCGAAGCACCACCACCCGUGGUCAACGUGUCGGUAGGCGAGCGGAUGAAUCUAACCUGCCGUGGAACGGGCACACCGGCACCGAUCGUGUCCUGGCGAAUGAACGGAAACGAGCUGCUCGAUCCGGUUUGCGAUUGGUGGACGGAGCCCGACGGAACCGGCCGUCUUUCGUGUCGGAUGCGGCUGAUCGACGCCGGGAACUACUCUUGCCAUCUGCGUAAUCCGCUCGGAUCCAUCGAUGUGCAACCCGUGACGGUGGCCACCGUCCAGGGGAGUGUUUGCGGGAAUGGCGAAUAUUCCCCACACGAUGCCGACGGGCCGCCCUCCUGUCUGCCGUGUUUCUGUGCAGGAGUUUCGCAACUCUGCCAAGCGGCUGACCUAUACCGGUGGAAUUACACGAUGGCCCUGAACGACUGGAAGAUGCGCUUCGCGACGUGGGAUGGCCAGGGCCAGGUGGAGAAGGUAACCGAAUGGCGCACAUUCCCCACUUCCAGACCACUCUACUACGACCUGCCGUAUCGGUUCAUCGAGUACCAGGCGCGAUCGUAUGGUGGCUAUAUCCAGUACGUGGCAGAAUCUCACCGAGAGCCCGGUGAUGAUGUUCCAGACUUGAUCAUGAUGGGCUACAAUCGCACACUGGUCUACGCCUCAUUGAAUCGCACCGAAAGCUCACCUCGCUCGGUAAAGAUUCAACUCGUGGAGCAUAACUUCGGUCUCCUUAACGGCAGCACCAUCGAUCGGCUCGAGCUCAUGAUGGUCUUAUCCUACAUCGAUCGAUUGCUGAUUCGCUUCCACCCACAAAAUGGUCACUACGAACCGAGUGGCAACGAAAUUGUGAUGGAUGCGGCCACCACUCUCGACAGAGGGAUCGGCAAAACCACGGCCGUCGAGGAGUGUCGCUGUCCGGCCGGGUUCCGAGGGACUUCCUGUGAACGGUGUGACGUCGGCUACGACCGGAUAUUCAUCGGGCCUCCGAUGGGCUUGUGUAUGCCGUGGAAAUGGCACCGUGAUCGAUACGUUCCGAAGAGCACCACCGAGCGAACUUACCAUUACGUGUGAACGAAUUAGCUAGUGCAAUGUGCGUAGCGAAGGAUAUGAAAGUACUCUAAGAAGUACGUCACUUACCUAGAAAAGAGACGAAAAAAGAAAUUGAUUAGUUAUGAGCUGGAAAGUAAUAUUUGAAGGAAUUUUCGUAUAAUCGGUCUUAUGAGUGACGUACUCGUCCUGCUAAAGCUUGUUUUUGCUAAGACUGCUUUGAAAGCACACCGUUGCUGCGCAACGCCUAAGCGAUCCAAGUAAUCUUAGAGUUUAUGUUCAGAAA